AUGGGGGACAUGAAAACUCCAGACUUCGACGACCUCCUGGCUGCGUUCGACAUUCCUGACCCAACCAGCCUUGACGGCAAGGAAUCCAUCCAGACAGCCGGCGAGGAGAACGACAGCCACCUCAAGCAGACCGGGAUCGGCAUCGACGAAAACGCCUCUUUGUCCCACGCUGCCCCGGCCUCCGACGUUCCGGUCGUGAGCGUCAUUGUGAAGAACACCUGUCGCCAGGAGUCAUUCGAGUCGGAAAAGGAUGGCAGUCACCUCGGGCCGGGCCUGUUGCACAACGGAUUCCGUGGCUCGGAUCUACCCCUGGAGACUCACAGCUACGGGAAAUUCGAUUCGGCUUUCAUCAACGGGGAUGGCUUGAGGAACUACCCAGAGAAGUUGGAACAGGCCAAACCCGAGCCUUUACCAAACUUUAGUCAGUUCAGUCCCAUCUCCAGCCCGGAGCCCGAAGACGUCCUCAAAGAAAACAGUAUUGUAGACAAACCUAAACACGCCCAAACUCCUUAUUUCCCACCCCAUCCCAUGUAUAUUCCAUCGGGGUUUAUAUCCACUGGUCCAUCGCUGCUAGAUCUCUUAAGUAAGAAACUGCCCGAACCGGAGCUGAGUAUGUUUGAUCAAUAUUGUAAAAGAGACCCAAAGAUUGACAUCCACGGGCUUCAGGAGAACAGGGCAGACGUCACCACCAAGGGAGAACGUGACAAGAGUCCAGAGAAGUGUGACGGGCCCGGCAAAGACCUCACGGACACACAUGGUUCCUUUGGGGAAGGGCUGCCUCUUGGCAACUUCCACGGCAAUAACCUGGGGGACGGUAAAGGUUCUGUGCCCGAGGUGACCUUCUCUUCCUCGGUCCCACCUCGCCAGCGUCUCAAGCCCACUCACUCCAAGCUUUCCUCUUGCGUCGCUGCCCUGGUAGCGCUCCAGGCCAAAAAGGUUGCGGGGAUCUCCAAGGAGGAUCAGGGGAACGUGACGAGAGAGCCUCCCGCCUCCUUUAAGGAUGGCGUUAAGGGGAGUCCCAAAAUGCCCAAGUCGCCAAAGAGCCCCAGAAGCCCUCUGGAAAUGGUGAGAAAGGCCAGCAAACAGCCCGAAUCUCCCCGGAGCGUGUGCAGCGACAGCAGCGGCAAAGGAUCUCCUUCGAUGGCCACCGGCUCCCCGCCGGCCAUUCCCAAAGUCCGGAUCAAGACCAUCAAAACCUCUUCUGGGGAAAUUAAAAGGAUGGUGACGAGAAUCUUGCCCGAGGCAGACGAGCUGGGCAAAUCUCCUCACGAUUCGCCUGCUGACGGCUCAAUGCUGGAAUCCUUCCCUUCUCCAGAAGCGGCCUCUGCCCUGGAAGCCGAGGCGGGCAAGGAUUUUCCAAAAGCAAGCCCCCCGGAACCAAAUUUAGCCAGCCCCCAAAUCAACCCUUUGAUUUCGGACAUUCCCCUAAGCGGCAUCCCCGGUGCGUCACUCUUGGCCAACAGUGGGACGACGAAAGUCGGCCUGGCGGGGCAGCCAUUGAGCAAGAAGCAGCCGUCGGGCAUCGUGGCCCCGCUCUGCAACCCCGCCAGCCUCCUCCCCAAGGCCGUGCACCUGGCCAAUCUCAACCUGGUGCCCCACAGCGUUGCUGCUUCGGUGGCGGCCAGGUCAUCCGUGCAGCGGCGCAGCCAGGCCCCCCUGAGCCAGGUGACCGUGCCGCUGGUGCAGCAGGUGAAGAAGACCGCCCCGCUCGUGGUGGAGGCAUUCAACAAAGUGUUGCAUGGCGCCAACCCUGUGCCAAUCUAUACGCCCAACCUCAGCCCUCCCCUGGAGAGCAGUAUUCACGUCCCGGCCGCUGGGUAUUGUUGCCUGGAAUGCGGGGAUUCCUUUGCCUUAGAAAAAAGCCUGACGCAACAUUACAGUCGGCGGAGUGUGCACAUCGAGGUCAUGUGCACUCAGUGUUCAGCCACGCUGCUCUUCUUUAACAAGUGCAGCCUGCUCAAGCACGCGCGGGAUCACAAGAGCAAAGGCUUCAUCAUGCAGUGCUCGCAGCUCUUCAUGAAGCCCAUUUCUGCUGACCAAAUGUUCUCGCCGUCCCCCACCAGCUCGUCAGCGUCUUCAAGCCCGCCGACCGCCCGGUUGCCCUCUCUGCCCCAGAAGCCCUGCGCUGCUCCAGGAGGCGGGGCGGGCAGUCCGAGCGGCGUCCAGCCGGCCCUGCCUCUGUACACAGACCCCUUGAGACUUAUUCGUUAUGGAUUAAAGUGUUUUGAAUGUAAUAAACAGGCCUUGGACUAUAUUGCCCUAGCAGCACAUUAUCAGAGGACCUCGGAAGAUAACGAGGGCCUGACGUGUCAAGUGUGUCAGAUGCUGUUGCCGAACAAGUGCAGCUAUUGUGCUCAUCAAAGAAUCCACGCUCACAAAUCUCCCUACUGCUGCCCUGAGUGCGGGGCCAUAUGCCGGUCAGCCUACUUCCAAACUCACGUCAAAGAGAACUGCCUGCAUUACUCCCGCAAAGUCGGUUACAGGUGCAGCCACUGUGGGGUGGUUUUCAUGUCCCAGGCUAUGCUGAAAGUCCACAUUCACGAGAAGCACUGUGAAGUCUUCCACAAGUGUUCGUUCUGCCCCAUGGCCUUCAAGUCUGCAGACAGCACCACCGCUCACAUUACCAGUCAGCAUCCUGCAGAGCCUCACAAGACAUCUCAGGUGAUCUACAAAUGCUCCUGUGAGACGGUCUUCAACAAGAAGAGACUUCUGCAAGAGCACUUCCAACAAAAUGCCAACCGGCUGAUGGUGGGCGUGUUCAAGUGCCCCCACUGCCAACUGGUGUACAUGCAGAAGCUGCAGUUAAUGCAACAUGUCAAGAGCAUCCACGGAGUCCCGGAAAACCCUGAGGAUCUCACCAGCGCUCGGCAGAAGGUUGAGACGGCCACCACGAGCAGCCCCGUCCUCCCCACAUCCAAGGACCUGGCCAUCGUCAACGGGACUUCUCAGCCGACCUCUUUGCCUACCAAAGGCAUGAGCCCAGACUCCAAGACAAAGUCCAAAACCUGCAGUUGGACUUGCCGGGUGUGCUCGCAGUGGAUCCCCGAUCGUGAAACUUACGUCUCCCACAUGAGGAAAAGCCAUGGAAAGAACAUGAAAAGAUUUCCCUGCCGGCAGUGUGACAGAUCCUUUGGUGCCUCCAACAGUCUGCACAGACACGUUCGCAAUAAUCACGACACAGCAAAGAAGCUGUACCCUUGCUGGUAUUGCACAGAUGAAAUCCAGACAUUUCCUCAGCCAUCCAUGCUGGAGAGUCACAUGAGCCUCAUGCACGGCAUCAAAAAUCCAGAUCUUUCCCAGAUAUCCAAAGACUUGACAAAAACAAAAUCUCCAAAGAGAGUAACCGCCGACGGUCUGGGUCCGAUGGAAGCAACCGCAUCCGGAUCAGAUGACCCGCCAGCAAAGAAACUGAAGGCAGCCCGCUGGAAAUGUGCGAAGUGUAGCUUUGCGACAGCCACCGAGACUGAAUUUCUGGAACACAUACCUCGACACAAGUCAGACAGUUCCACUUACCAGUGCCUGCUCUGCGGCUUGUGUUACACGUCGCACCUGUCUCUGAACAGGCACCUCUUCAUCGUUCAUAAAGUCAAAGAUCCGGAGGAAGACGAAGAGGAGGAGGAGGACGACGACGACGACGAACAGCCAGAACAAGAGAGUGCAAAAGAAGUUCCGGAAAUGGAGACGAGAGAGAAUGGACUGGGGGAAGCCCAGGGCGAGACCAGCCACAGCAGGGCGGAAGGAGGCCCUUCCAAGAACAGAGACCCGGAGCGCGACUCCUCGCCCUGCGGCAAAGAGAGAACGAGUUCUCAGAACAAACCCACAAAGUCUCCCUCUAUUUAAGAGUGCGCUCAGCUGCCCCAGAAACC